CCUUCCUUCCUUUUAAUAUUCACUUCCUUUACUCCUAAACACCUUGGCUCUCUCUUCUUUUCGGUUUUUCUUGUCUUUGGAAUUGUUUUGUACUAUUACCAUCAAAUGACAACCAAGAAUAUUUGCUAGUUGCUACAGAUCUAAGCAUAUAUAUACAUAAACAGGCUUGAUUUACUUCUAGACGCCAUGGAAUCUUGUGUUCCACCUGGAUUUCGAUUUCAUCCAACUGAUGAAGAGCUCGUGGGGUACUAUCUGAGGAAGAAGGUUGCAUCACAGAAGAUCGAUCUAGAAGUCAUCAGAGAUAUUGAUCUAUACAGAAUUGAACCAUGGGAUCUUCAAGACAAAUGCCGGAUCGGAUAUGAAGAGCAGAACGAGUGGUAUUUCUUCAGCCACAAAGAUAAGAAGUACCCAACUGGGACAAGGACAAACAGAGCAACCAUAGCAGGGUUUUGGAAAGCUACAGGAAGAGACAAGGCAGUUUAUGACAAAACAAAACUUAUUGGUAUGAGGAAAACCCUCGUAUUCUACAAAGGGCGGGCUCCAAAUGGCCAGAAAAGUGACUGGAUCAUGCAUGAAUACAGGCUUGAAUCAGAAGAAAAUGGUCCUUCACAGGAAGAAGGAUGGGUGGUAUGCCGAGCAUUCAGAAAGCGAAACACUGGACAAACAAAGAGCAUUGAAGGGUGGGACUCAACCUACUAUUAUGAAGAACCAAUUGGUGCAAUCUCAGUUGUGGAUCCUAUUGAUUACAUGACAAGAAAGCCCUCACACUUUCCAGCCCAGAAUUUCAUGUGCAAGCAAGAAAUAGAAGCACAAAAGAAUUUUGUCCAUUCAUCAGCUGAUCAUCAUCAAUUCGUUCAACUUCCACAGCUUGAAAGUCCGUCCUUGCCAACGAUGAAAAAACCAAGUUUGGUAUCCACACUAACAGAAAACUAUAUCAAUGACGACGAUGAAAAGACUAGAGUCGAAUGCAAUUCGAAAAAGAUAACUGCAGAUUGGAGGGAUCUUGAUAAGUUUGUUGCUUCUCAGCUGAGCCACGGAGAUAGAUAUGAAGGUGAUAAUGUUUCGAGCUUUGAAGCUCUUAAUAAUGAUUCAGAUUUGGGAUUGCUUCUAUUGCAAAGUGGUAGAGAAGAAGGAGAAAACUUAAAUCAGCUUUUGAGUUCAACUUCAACUUCAGAUUCUGAUAUUGGAAUUUGCUUAUUUAAUAAAUGAAGUGACUAUAAAGGAAAAAGGAUUUCAUCAUCAAUGUUACUGCUAUUUUGCGAUAUAUUUAUACAUAUUUUCAUGAAUAUAUUGGUUGUGAAUGAUUAAAAGAGAACUAUAAAUUUCUCUCUC